CCCUCACCCCGGCACUGCGUUUCAUUGGUAGAGGUGAUGCCACAUGGCAGCACCUCUACCAAUGAAACGCAGUGCCCUGUUGGCGGGAAGGAAAUUAAUAUUUCUUAGGAACAUAGUAAGCUGUCUUGUAUUAAGUCAUACCAUUGGCCCAUUGUACAAUGGCUGGCAGCUGCUUUCCAGAGUUUUAGGCAGUGGGCUUUCCUGACCUUAUGUGGAAACGGCCGUGGACCCAGCAAGCGCCGGAGUCACAGGAGAUGACGACACACGACAGCAUAGCAAGGUCAAGCGCUAUGGGCGUGUGUUCCGAUGCACAGAGCCCAAAAGAGGAAGCUCAGGGACACGUGCAUGGGCUUAAAUAGAGGUCCCUCAAUGUACUUUAGCUGGCUUCCCAUUGGACUGAUUGCUCCCAGCAUCGAGGGACCUCCAAUAGGGUAUUGUGGCCAUCCAAACGCUCCCACCCACAACACAGGGGCUGGUUGCCAGGUCGCACCGCAACACAUGCCCUCUUGUUAGGGAGGACCCGAUUUCUCUGAGCAAUUUGAUGUGUGAAAUACUCAUGGAAAUUGCAGGCAUUCUUGUUCUUUACCAUGAUCUUUGCAACAUCACAGAAUACACACACAUGUGCAAAUGAGGGUAAGAGUUCUUGAAAAGGCCCAUGUUUCAUUGUAGCUGCACAUGCGAAAGUUCACAGGCAGCUGAAUGUGGUGAAAAUGACUUUUAAAAGACAGCAAUUCUUCAGCCUUGUUUUCCUGUCCCUCACUUGUUACAGAAGAUUUCAUAUUAAGAUUAUUCCUGAACCCACUUCACCCUCAGGGUUUGUUUACAAAGUCUAAGGCCAUACAGGGACUAUGAUGUGAGUGUAGUUCAAAGGCGAUUUAAAAAUAAUCAAGAGCCCCAGGUUCUCCAUUCUGUUCAUCUCAAGAUAAGCUACCAUAUACUCAGCAAACAGGUGUGUUAUGUUUGCUCAGUUGAGCUCAGACCAAUGAAUUACAUGAAACAAGUCUACAUUGGAAUGCUUUGACCGCCCUGAGAGCAUUUGCCUGCUUAGCUUAUUGCUAAAUAAAUACAUAAUAGAUUUUUAUGUCAUAGUAAGAAUUUUCAGGUUAUCCAUUGAUUUUGAUUGUAUAAACAAGCACCCUGAAGUAUCUUGCAUAGUUAUUGAAUUUUAACACCAGGAACAAACGCUGGAACCAGAAAGGGUGCAAUAGAACUUCAGACCAUAGGCUUUGUCUACAGUGACAAAGCCUAUGGUUUGUAGUUUAAUUUCAUUUUUCUAGAGUCCGUGUUAGCUUGUGUGGGUGAGCAUGUGCAGAGCAUCUGAACAGCCAUAAUAAACCACUCCAGUUUUAUUUUGUGGGUGCUCACAGUCAUUCAACUGUUAACAACAGCCAAAGUGUAUCUUUUGUUAGAUUCAGCAGUAUUGGGUAAGAUAGACUUUCAGUUGCAGUAAGCUUCACAUUAAUGCAUAUUAUACAGCAUUCACAUGAACUGUUCAUUUUUGAGCUUGAGUUUAAAGAGCACUUAAUGUUUUUUGACUCAAGAAUUCUUCUCAAUGGAGAUUAGUUAAAGCAUACCCUCCAACAUUUCUCAGAUGAAAAUAGAGACACCCUAGGUGAUUUUUAAAAGAGCAGCACAUACCUUUAACUUCUGAAUUGCUUAUUCAUGAAAACUGUCUUAUAGAAUGGGGUCUCUGUUCAUCCUUUCACAUGUGCUGCCAUCUGGGAACAUAGGGAAAGAGAAGACUGGGGAAUGUUUAGUGAGAAUAAAGAACUCUUUGUAUUGUUUUUGUUAAUACGUGAAAAGAAAAUUGAAUUACUUCCCUCUCUAGAAAAAAAAACAGAGGAAGGGAGAGCUGUGGAAUAUGAUUUGCUGAAUAUACACCUCGAAGUCAGGGAGAAAUGCAGGUGUGAAGUGCUGAAGCACCCAUGUCCUGCUUGCAGGCUUCCUAUGGGCCUCUGGUUCAUCAUUGGGGAGAAUAGGGUGCUGGACAUGCCUCUUUGUUCAGGGCUCGCCUAACAUUCUUAUGCUUCAGUGUGACAAAUGGACCGCAAGCAACAUGGUGAUUAAAGCAAUUCCAUGUGGGGAACUAUUUGUGCAGCCGACCUGAAACAAGGGGUAGUGGAGGUUCCAUUUGGUUUGCAUGCUCUUCAGAGUCAAUACCUGUAACUAUGUGAUGCUAACAACAACUAGAAUUUCCCCCUUUGCUUAUGCACUGUUGGCUUCAAGUGCUUUCGAAUGCACUGUUAAUAUUUUACUUUGCUCUUUCCCAAGGAAAAAAAAAUCAUUAGUUUAGUUUCUUAGAUUAGUAAGUCAUUAGGAAUAGAUUGUAGAUAUCUGUUGUAAAUACAGCUAGAGGUGGGGGUAACAGUUGGGAUCUUUGUGAGUCUUCUGUUAAUGAGACUGGAAGGAGGAAAGGAGAUGGCAGAGUUGGGAAAAUAAAUAUUUCUCAAGAAGGCUAUAGAUAACUUUUGUGACCACAGAGGCUGCAGAAAUUAUGUCUCGCAGGAAAAUCUGCUGGUAGAAAUGCUGUACAAGAUACAAUAGAGUGUGGUGAGCCAUCCUUAGCUGUAAUGCACAUGGGAAAUGUUAGAUUAAAUGCACAGAUGGAUAUGUGGGGCUUAUGAAGGUUCUUUCUUAACAAGAUUUCUUCCACUGUGCUGAGGCUUUUGUUUCUCAAAAGUAAUCCUCUUAUCUUCCUCAGAUAUGUCCUCUCUCUUGCCCAGGAUAUUAAUCCGAUUGUGCCAUGCUCUAUAUGCUUUCACUUCACGUUUAUGGACACCAAAGCAAAGCGUUGCUGGUUCCAAUAGUGUUUUGAAGGCUGUCACCUGACUAAGCGUGCUUGUCAUAAUCUCCUGAAGAUCACUGCUAAAAAUACUUCCUGCUUAAUCUCCUUUGGUGGACAAGGAAGUGAAAUAAGGAUGGAUGAGGACAGCAUGCCAGACGGUGGCAGCCCAGUGGCUAUGUAUACGCUCUCACACUCUCACUCGCUCGCUCACUCUGGUUUACUUCCUUAGCUGCUCGCUUUACAGUUGCCAUAGAUAUGCCAUCUUUCCCCAGUUUAAACAGUUUUGGGAAGCUUUGUGGAUCAGGGAAAAGCAAGAGGUUGGUGUCUGAGCGGAUAAAGUUCAAAAACUCUAUCAAAAGGAUGUCUAUUAUAGAGGACGGUAAUAUUGCUGAGGUCUUGUACCUUGUCCCCAAGCAGUCUGUGAUGAAGCAGCUGCCAUACCUGAAUCCAGAUGACUACUAUUUGUGUGAAUGGUUGUUUGAUUAUCCAGAAGGUUCAGUGGCACAUCCUCAGGAGCCUCCCCAUUCCACAGAGAAGCCAGUCAUCCACUGCCAUAAAUGUGGGGAGCCAUGCAAAGGAGAAGUGCUUCGUGUCCAGGCCAGGCAUUUUCACAUCAAAUGCUUUACCUGCAAAGUGUGCGGGUGUGACUUAGCUCAAGGUGGCUUUUUCAUUAAGAAUGGAGAUUACCUUUGUACUGUGGAUUACCAGCGGAUGUACGGGACCCGAUGCAAUGGCUGUGGGGAGUUUGUGGAAGGAGAAGUUGUAACUGCUCUUGGGAAGACCUAUCAUCCUAACUGCUUUGCCUGCACUGUAUGCAAACGUCCUUUCCCACCAGGAGACCGGGUUACCUUUAAUGGAAGAGACUGUCUUUGUCAAAUGUGUGCUCAGCCUAUGUCAUCCAGCCCAAAAGAACUCUCCAAUUCCAGCAAUUGUGCAGGUUGUGGAAGAGAUAUAAAGAAUGGACAAGCAUUACUAGCAUUGGAUAAGCAGUGGCAUCUGGGAUGCUUCAAAUGCAAGGCCUGUGCAAAAGUUCUGACUGGAGAAUACAUCAGCAAAGAUGGUGCACCUUACUGUGAAAAGGACUAUCAGGUUCUCUUUGGUGUCAAAUGUGAAGCGUGCCACCAGUUCAUCACUGGGAAAGUCCUAGAGGCAGGGGACAAGCAUUACCACCCGAGCUGUGCACGAUGCAGCAGAUGCAAUCAGAUGUUCACAGAAGGAGAAGAAAUGUACCUGCAAGGUUCUACAGUUUGGCACCCUGACUGUAAGCAGUCCACAAAGGGUGAAGAAAAGCUAAGGCUGUUUUCACCACCUUGUAUAAUGAACUCCAUCAAAAAACUAAGGCAGCCUACAAGAACAUCUUCGGAAAGUAUUUAUUCUAGGCCUGGAUCCAGUAUACCUGGCUCACCAGGCCAUUCAAUCUAUGCAAAAGUAGACAAUGAGAUCCUUGAUUAUAAGGAUUUAGCAGCCAUUCCCAAAGUCAAGGCCAUUUAUGACAUUGAGCGUCCAGACCUAAUUACUUAUGAGCCCUUCUACACUUCCGCCUACGAGGAGAGACAGGAAAGGCAGAGUCUUGGAGAGUCUCCAAGGACACUCUCUCCAACUCCAUCUGCAGAGGGAUAUCAGGAUCUUCGGGAUCGGAUGAUACACCGGUCUACCAGCCAGGGGUCCAUUGGUUCUCCUGUGUACAGUCGUCACAGCUACACUCCCACAAUGUCACGUUCACCACAACAUUUUCACAGACCUGGCAAUGAGCCGUCCAGCGGUCGGAACUCCCCUGCCCCUUACCGGCCAGACAGUCGCCCUCUAACACCAACUUACGCUCAGGCCCCUAAACAUUUCCAUGUUCCAGAUCAAGGCAUCAAUAUUUAUAGAAAACCUCCUAUCUACAAACAGCAUGAUCCAGCUGCCCUGGCAGCCCAGAACAAGUCUUCCGAUGAUAUCAUCAAGUCCUCCAAGUUCCCAGCAGCCCACGCUCCAGCACCCAACGAGAUUCCAAAGAUUGAGACAGAAUACUGGCCAGGUCCACCCGCACUUGCGGCUGUAGGUUCUGACAUGCGCCGCAGAUCCACUGGCAGAGAUGAAGAUCUUGAGGAGCUUCAGAGACGUCGGCAGCUACAGGAGGAACAACUGAUGAAGCUCAACUCAGGUCUGGGACAAUUGAUAUUAAAAGAAGAAAUGGAGAAGGAAAGGUCUUCGCUUCCCAGCAGUCGUUAUGACUCUCCAGUUAAUUCAUCUCCACAUGCUGCUGCUUCCAAAACCUCUUCCCUUCCUGGCUAUGGAAGAAAUGGACUUCAUAGGCCGGUCUCUACAGACUUUGGUCAGUACAACAGUUAUGGGGAUGUGAGCAGCGCUGCUCGAGAUUUUCAGUCCCUCCCAGAUGGUCAUGUCCCCGGAAUGCGAAUGGACCGAGGAGUGUCUAUGCCUAACAUGUUGGAACCAAAGAUAUUCCCCUAUGAACUGCUCAUGGUGUCCAGCAGAGGGCGAAGUAAAAUUCUACGAGAAGUGGAUAGAACCAGGCUGGAGCGUCACUUAGCACCUGAAGUUUUCCAAGAAAUAUUCGGCAUGACGAUACAGGAAUUUGAUAAAUUACCUCUCUGGAGACGCAACGACAUGAAGAAGAAAGCCAAACUCUUCUGAAUCCCAUUCUCUCCUUUGGAGGGGAGAAAAUACCACAUAUAGGAUAAUGUAUCAUACUUAAGUUCAAACGCUUUUUUUGGAGAGCAACCAUAAGAGACAGACAGGCAGACAGAGAGAGAGAAAGAGGAAAUGGGGGUUAAAGGGAAAAUCUGAGAAAGGCACCUAUAUAUUCCUUGCAGUUGUGCAAGAGCCUUUCAAGCUUGCCAGAGAGUUGUGACCCAAAAAUGUUGACGUUCUGAAUCUCAGCAGUGGUCUUUAUGCAUUAUAAAGUUUUUACAUGGCAUCAAUACAUAAUGUGGAGCGGCUCUGCCCUCCCUCGUUUCCCUUCACUUUUAUUUAAAGGUCAAGGGGCAAUGCUGAUAGAGCCAGGAAGUGCCAAUAGGAUGCCAACCCACUAUUACGUCGUCAUGGUCUCUCCAAGGAAUGAAUGACUAUAUUCUGUAGCUAACGAAGGAAUCCUGUGUAAUAUAUUUAUCCUUUGGGCAUAGCCAUUACAAUUAAUUGGCCUUGCCUUCAAAUGGCCUAUUAUUGUUGCAGUGCCCAUCAGCAAAGCAGGCCACUGAGCCAGCAUUCUGCUGCAUACCAGCCAAAUUAUUUGCAAGGAAACCCCCGGCUUGCACUUGCACACAUCUGCUAGGAAUCUCAAGAGCAAAUUAUCUUAUUUUGUUGUCAAGUCUCCUCUCCUCCAUUUUGUCCAGCUUUAAGCGAGUUUGCUAAGUGUUAACCAGAGCAGCAAGCCAAAAAUGAAAGAGUUGGUUUUCUCGUUCUGUGUUGAGAAAAGUAUUUCCAAACUGAAAUACAGGUGUAGGCUUAAUUCAGAUGCUACUUGUGCCAUGUGGCAAUCUAUGGGGCAUGGUCUAGCCACAUGCUGCUUUGGUAAUGUUUCUAAAGGACUAGUAUGUGGGCUCUUGCAAUUAUGCCGUUGCUUCCCAUGCUGUCACUACCUGUUAUGAUGUCUAGCAGAUGGGAAAUAAUCACAUCAUCCCUGCAAAGAUGGCUCAACCCUGCAAACAUCAAUAGUGUGGGAUGUGACCUGACUACACCAAAGCAAGUUCCAUCCCAUUACAAAGGGAAUGACCGAAUCAGGACUACUGUCGCCUAUACCAGCAUACAUCCACUGGCAUGCUGUACAGUAGACCUCCAGAAUGUCUGUGACAAGAAAAUGAUAUUUAAUCCACUUUGUAGAGGAGAUGCUAUGAAACAAGACACCUCCUGGAAAUUUUGCUGCUAAAAAAUGACAGAUCGGCCACUUUCUUGGAUGCUUUGAUGACACAGCACAAUAUCAAGUUAAUUAAUGGCCUGAUUUGCAUAUCAUGCUAAGCCAAAUCAUGGCUUAGUCAGUGCAACUGUACAUGUUCCCAGGGAGGAGACUGCAGUGACUUUGCUCCUCCUUGGUCCUUGUACUGCUGUGCUAAGCUAAACCUUGCCUAGGAUCAUCUGAACCCAGGCUCGUGGUUUGCUCUCCUGAGUAAACCAUGAAUCAUAGGGCAAAUCUUGGUUGCAACUUCUGGUUAAGUCUGGAGUGAGCUAAACCACAAGCCUGGGUUCAGACGACCCAGUGAGCCAUGCCAUUGCUUAGCACAGUGUCACAUGGCAGCAGGACCAUGGAGACAUGAAGCUCUCCUAGAGCCUAUGCAUUUGGCUUGGCAUGACAUAUGAACCAGGCCAGUGUUUGAUUUGGUUUUAUUCAUGCAACUACAGGCUCACCCAUAGUUAGAGCGCUUGGGUUUUCUUUUUUGUAAUAUUUCAAAGCUGCAGCCUAGGCUAUUUGCUUUCUUUAUCCUCAGUGCCUAGAAGAAGGAACACCUAAGGCAGUUUCUGAAAUCAGUGAUGCUCCCUCAACUACAUGCAGUCCUGAGCAUUGUGUGAAGUGGCCCCCAUCUAACAGAACUGCUUAGAGGGCUGUGCAUAUUCUGUUCAUUUCAGAACAGUUAAUAACAUGUUUUCACAGACUCCAGAGCUGUUUCUUGCCAACAGUAGGAUGCACUUGAUACGUUUAUCUUUUACUUGGAGUGAUGAUUGUUGCCAUUUUCACUGUUGUUUUCAAUUUGACACUACCAUGUCACUUACAGGGAAAUCCUAUACAUGUUUACUCAGAAGUAAACCCCACUGUCUUCAAUGAGACUUCCUCCUGUUCAAGCAUGUAUUGGAUGGCAGCCCAUGAAGGAUGCCUUUGAGGGCAGGACAUUCAGGACUUCCUGCUCUUACAUUUAAGAGCUCAGCAGAGAGAACCGUUUGCCAAAAGGUGUUAUCAUAGAAGCGUUUGAUAGGUUGGUCAUCCAAGCCCGUAUCCUCAUAAAGAGGAUCUUUCACACAUCAUCAUAUAUUGAUUUGUAGAAGAACAUGUGGUAAAAUGCAAGCACAUGUUUUUUGUGAAAGUCUGGUCAAGUGGUGAAAAUAAUCUUACCACAUGUCUACACUAUAACUCUGGGAAGCAGAGUGAGUGGUAAAGUUUUCACCACCACACUGAUGACCAGCUUAUGAAGUGGCUCCUGGGAAAGUCGUAUGUCAGAUCCUUUAUUAGUUAGCAGGAGGAGAGUGCCAGCAGCAGAAUAAUAAGGACCCCAGCUCUGCAGGGGAGGUUAGCCAUGUUGGAAACCUAAACAUCUCACCCACUAAAAUCUGUCACAUAUCCCACAUGAUUUUGUAGCAACAUUAGGAUGCUCAAAUAGACUUUCAAUCCACAUUUGCAUUAUAGUAACACUUUCAAUCAUUAUAUUAUGUUGACUCAUUAGUUCAAACUCGCUGCCAUUUACAAUCAAAAGAACAUUCUGGAUUAAUGGCUUGCAAUAGGCCACUGUUCAGUGGAGGGAAAAAUGGAUAUUUGUACCAAGAUCAGACAAUGGUUUGGAAGCUAAUCUAUAAAUAAAUAUAUGGGCUGGCUGUUCUAUGCCUUAUUCCUAGGCAUGCUAUUGUCACUGCCACAACAUCCAACAUCUCAGUGAUUUGGCUUUGCACUUCCCUUCAUGCUACCGCUUUCCAUCCUGUGACCUCUGGAGAUACAUUUCUCUCUGUCCCACAGAAAGGGGCACAGAUAGUAUAUCUUGAACGCAGUAAACAAAUUAACCAGCUUCCAGUCCCACCAGCUGAUUUCAACACUCUACACAUUUUCUAUACUGCCAAUCAUGGCAUCAGUUCCCAGUCGUCUCAUAUGCUGAGCAGACGUCACUCAGCUCAGCAGUUAGUGUGGGUGAACCACUUGUUGCAUGGUUGCUACUUGGAAAACAUCUCACAUGUGCCCGCUAAACAUAAGGGGAACCAAUAUUCUGUAGGCUCCAGCCACACAGAAGAAUGCCAUUUCCUAACACAAAAAAAUUCCUUCAGUAGCACCUUAAAGACCAACUAAGUUUUUAUUUUGGUAUGAGCUUUCGUGUGCAUGCACACUUCUUCAGAUACAGUGAAAUAGAAGUCCCCAGGCACUUAUGUAGAGAAGG